AUGGUGGCGGGCGCGUUCCCGCUGGCCAAGCUGCUGACGCUGGGCGCGCGCCAGCUCAGCCGCCCCCUGGCCGCGCGCAUCAAGGCGGGGGCGCGCGCGUCGCCCUUCUUCCGCACCUACAUCUGCCUGCCCCCCGCGCAGCUUUACCACUGGGUGGAGAUGCGGACCAAGAUGCGGCUCCUGGGCUUCCGGGGGGCCUCGGUGAAGCCCCUGAACGAGGAGGCGGCGGCCGAGCUGGGGGCGGAGCUGCUGGGGGAGGCGCUGGUGUUCGGCGUGGGCGGGCUCUGCCUCUACCUGGAGUACCUGCGGCAGGCGGGGCAGGGCCGGCGGCGCGAGGAGCACCUGGACCGGGCCCUGCAGGAGCUCCGGGAGCACCUGGACGAGCCGAGGGACCUGGAGGCGCUGCGGGGGCGGGGAGGGGCGGGGCUUCACCAGGGAGGGGCGGGGCUUGAGCAGGGUGGAGCUGGACACGCCCAUGGAAGCUCAGGCCACGCCCAGAAUGGGGUUGGACACGCCCAUGGAAGCUCAGGCCACGCCCCCACCAAAGCUGUGAAUGGCGCUGCUGGAUCUGGACACGCCCCCACUGGAUCUGGACACGCCCCUGCUGUGAUAGGCCAUGCCUCUGCUGUGACAGGCCACGCCCCUGCUGUGACAGGCCACGCCCCCCCUCAUUAAAGCUGCUCUGUGUGUUCUGUUCUGUGCCUUUAAGGGCGGGGCUCAUGCAGGGGGUGGGCGUGGCCAGUUUGGACAUGGUCAUUUUGCAGUGGGCGUGGCCAAGGCGAUGGGGCGGGGCCCGGAUGAGGAGGAGCGCCGUGAUUGGCGGGCGGGUGCUGAUUGGUCUGUGGAAUGGGCGUGGCUUCCUCUGAGGGUCGGGGGCGUGGUAACUCAAGCCCCGCCCCCAAUGCACAAAAAAUUUACAUUUUUAUUUAAAUUUUUUUCC